GGCGUGGCCAGUUUGUCGGCCUGGUCCACGAAUCAGAGGCGACGCGUCUUUCGCCGCGACUCGCGCAGGAAGCGCCGCCAUGGCUCUUCCCGGCCGCUGAGACGCCGCUUCUGCCGAAAGGGCUGCUCAGAUGAGCAGUACUGGAUCUAGUCCAAUGUCAGCUGUUCCAUCUAGCUGUGGAAGAGGGACUGGGAGAUCAACAAACUUUAUUCUAGAAUUGCAAAGUAUGAUGUUUUCCUUAGGAGAUGCUCGCAGGCCCCUACAUGAAUCAGCAAUAUUGGUUGAAGACAUUGUCCACACUCAACUGAUUAAUUUGUUGCAACAGGCGUCUGAAGUGUCUCAGAUGAGAGGUGCUAGAGUAAUCUCUGCAGAAGAUCUCAUUUUUUUGAUGCGCAAAGAUAAGAAAAAACUUCGAAGAUUACUUAAAUACAUGUUUUUCCGAGAUUACAAAUCUAAAGUUGUCAAAGGCAUUGAUGAAGAUGAUCUUCUUGAAGACAAAUUCAGUAGCAACACUAACAAACGUCAGAAAACUGCUCAAGACUUCCUUAUUUCUAUUGAUCAGACUGGGGAGCUCUUGGCCUUGUUUGAAGAUGAUGAGAUAGAUGAUGUAAAGCAAGAGAGAAUGGAGAGAGCAGAAAGACAAGCACGAGUGAUGGAUUCAGCACAAUAUGCAGAAUUCAGUGAAAGCCGUCAGUUGAGCUUUUCCAAAAAAGCCUCCAAAUUUCGAGACUGGUUGGACUGUAGUAGCAUGGAAAUAAAACCAAAUGCAAGUGCUAUGGAAAUGCUGGCUUAUUUAGCAUAUGAGACAGUAGCACAGCUGGUGGACUUGGCCCUUUUGGUCAAGCAAGACAUGAUACCGAAAGCUGGUGACCCUUUUAGUCAUGCAAUAUCUGCUACUUUUAUUCAGCAGCAUCAUGCUGAGAUGCAUAUUUUAGGGCAGACGGCAAAUAUGAAAAGCAACCCAGACUCACCUGAUAAUACUCCCCCACCAACACCCACCCUGCCAUCGAUGGGCCCACAGUACCUUGGGAAAAUUCAGCCUGGGACUAUGGGGAAUGGCAGCACUGGACAAGAUUCCUCCAAAGUCAAACAGCGAAAGAAGAAAAAAAGUACUGCAGCUUGUGGUGCAGAAGCCCAGAGUGAUGCCAUCCAGCCUGCCCACAUCAGAGAGGCCAUUCGACGCUAUGGCCACAAGAUUGGACCCCUUUCCCCUUACACAAGCGCCUACCGCAGAAAUGGGAUGACUUUUCUGGCUUGCUAAUAUGGAUGUGCCUACAGCAACAGGAAAGACAGUGUUAUAUUAAGAAUGAAAACAUGGAAACAGCAUUUUGCCAUUACAUCAAGAUUACUUUCUUAUUUGUUUUUUCUAGGCUUUCAGUGAUUUGUGAAUCCAUUUAUCUGAUUUUUUUUUAAAGAAAUGACACUACAGCAUUCUUUUUUUGAAGCAACUAAUGCCUUGUCUUUUCUUCGGUUGGUAUGUUACUCAAGAAGGAUUCCUUUCAAUUGCAAACUAAUUUCAGUGUUCUGUUUUUGUCCAAGAUCUACACAAGACUAUAUUCAUUUUCAUUUUUUAUUAAAACUUUAGCAAAGCUUUCACAAUUCUAUGAUGAGGUCUGAAUAUGGCCAUCAUUUUUGAAUGGGAUCUCAUGUAAUGUUUUCAUUAAACCCUGCAGGAUGGACUCAUUGCCAAAAGUUGCUGCUGUAGAGUUAAUCAUAAGAGCCAAGGACUUAAAGAGUCCAAAUACUGGACAUUCACCAUAACCAGCCUUAUACGGAUCAAUCUCUUUAGAAGUCAGUGUUUAGAUGUGGUUACUUUACUGAAUUAUUGCAAUUGAUGUAUUCAGUAUUAUGCUUUCCAUAGUGGCAUUAUUAUACUUUAAAAACAUUUUUGCAUGUCAUUUUUCUGGAAUUGAUCUGAUGUUAAAGAACUAAAAAUAGUGUAUACAGUAAAGAAGAAAACCCAUUGCUGAUGUUCUGUCUGUGCUUGCUGAAAUGUAUGAUUAAACCUUUCUUUUUAUCAUGAUUUCUUAUUUUUUUUGGCAUCCAUAAUGAUGGAAAAUUAUAUGCUUGCUGUAAACAUCCAGACUUUUUAAAGGACACCAGCAUUUAUUGUAUUUGGUUUCGAUCUGCAGGCAUAUAUGCAAAAAGAAAACAUUUUAGGCCAAGAAUACUGGAAUAAAAAUUCUUUCUCUAGA